GAUACAUGCAUCUUGGCUUUGAUACUGCUUUAUCGGGCUCAACUCUUGAACUCUACUAUUCUAAAACACAGUACCCGGAAGUAGUUCAACAGAGGUGUCUCCGUCUUCACACUCACAGACGGCUCGACUUUAUCCUGAUCCAAACAUAACCCUUGCAAACAUGGGCCUCACCGAUAAAUCCUUCAAGGUGGGCAUCAUCUGCGGCAGCACCCGCUCUCCCCGCGUGGCACCGCAGGUCGCAGGCUUUGUCCAAAAGACGAUCCAGUCCCACCUCGCAUCACACCCGCCAGACGGCCUCUCUGUAACGCUGGAGCCCGUGGACAUCGCCGAGUCCAACCUCCCACUAUUCGACGAGCCAGGCAUCCCGCAGGCCAUCACCGACCCCUCGGCCUACGCGCACCAGCACACGCGCGACUGGUCCGCCCGCGUCGCCGCCCUGGACGCCUUCGUGUUUGUCACGCCGCAGUACAACUGGGGUAUCCCCGCGGCACUGAAGAAUGCCAUCGAUUUCUUGUUCAACGAGUGGACCCGCAAGCCUGCGAUGAUCGUGUCGUAUGGCGGGCACGGGGGUGGCAGGGCGGCCGAGUCGCUGGCUGUUGUGCUUCAGGGGCUCAGGAUGAAGGCGCCUGGGAGGACUGUCAACUUGUCGUUCCCGGACCGGGCGUUUAGUGGGAAGUGCUAUGUUGGUGGGGAUCUGGGGCUGCAAGAGGAGGGGGGCGCGGUCUGGGCCAGCGAGAGGGAUGAUAUUAUCGCUGUCUAG